GCCAGCGCAUGUUGGGCUUUUUGAGGACUAAAAUUCUUGAAUAAAGGACGAUUUUGUCGAAUUCAAAGGUUUAAAUUUGUGUCGAGUCGUGACUACUUCGUACCACCUUACACCAUGGCGUUGUUACAGUUCUUGUCAGAAGUCAAAGCAAACUUGGCUAAUAUUGACAAGUAUGAAACAGUCCAUGUCGUCAUUGGUAAUGAGUCAUGUGACCUGGACUCUGUGAUCUCCGCUAUCACGUAUGCGUUCUAUCUAAAACAGGUUCUUCAAUCAAGUUCUACACUAGUUGUUCCAAUCUUGAACAUCCCACACGGCGACUUCACAAUCCGCACUGACUCUGUGUACGUUCUUGGAAAACACGGGAUAAACUCUGAUCAUGCGAUUUGUCGAGAUAACCUUGACCUUCGACCUUUACAUGAGAGCAGACGCUUGAAGGUGACCUUGGUGGAUUGUAACGUUUUCCCGGAAGAGCCCGAGUUAGACCGUGUUGUUGUCGAGGUGAUAGAUCAUCAUAAGUUGGUGCGGGAGUCCUCGGAUGGUAUCAGCCUAACAGUGGAAAUCGUAGGGUCGUGCACAACCCUGGUGGCAGAAAAACUAACUAAAGACGAGAGAUUCACGUUUGAUCCAGUGGUAGCCGAGCUUCUGCAUGCAACCAUAUUGACGGACACCAUCAACCUAAACCCAGAAGCAAAGAAAGUUACUCCAAAAGACAUUGAGUAUGUGGAGAAGUUAGAAUGUUGUCUGCCGGCAGUUGAUAGGACGAAAGUCUAUAAUGAGAUUCAAGUUGCAAAGGCAAAUAUAUCAGGUCUUACAACGUUAGAGCUCCUUCGAAGAGACCUGAAGUUUGUGACAGAGCCUGAUGUGACCAUUGCCAUGAGCUCAAUCCCAGUACAUUUACAGCAAUUUCUGACGAGGGUUCACGUUGUUGACGAUCUCAUGACAUUUUUAAAAAGUCGGAAGGCAGAUGCCGUGGUUGUCAUGACGACAUCGCCUACCCCCUCUGGUGGUAGUAUCGAGCGACAAUUGGGCAUCUAUUCCCCCGUCGAGGAACUGAGGAAAAAGAUAUCGCAAUCUCUUCAAACCACGUCAUCGCCGCCGUUAGACCUACAGCCCAUGAAAACAACCGUGCCAGCAUUCGUUGCAUUCUUGCAGGGAAAUGUUGCCGCGUCUCGGAAGCAGAUUUUGCCGCUGAUACGAGUGAUGUUUAAGUAAAUAAAAGAUUUGAUAACGGCUGAAGAACACAGAUAUUGAGGACAAUAACAUAACAGAAGAAAUUGUAAAAGCAGCUGGACCAGAAUGAUCAACGAGCAAACAAUAGAAUAUAGGAUAUAUAAUUUGGAUGACGAGCUCUUUUUGACAGAAAG